AUGGGUGGUAUAUUUUCAUUUCCCUCAGUGGGUAUUGACAAUCAGUCAAGUCAUAGUUUAGUUUGCCAAUCUAGCUCAUCACAACCAUCUUCAAUCCAUGUUCAUGACAAUAGACAUGGAGAAGAAGGAAGCCAAUCUCCACAGCUGUGUGAGGUAUGGAAAGAUAUACAAGGUUCCCAAAAUUGGAAUGCUUUGCUGAACCCCAUGGAUCCCAUUCUCAAAGUUGAAGCUCUGAGGUAUGGAGAAUUUAUAAGGGUUUGUUAUAACGCUUUUAAUGGUGAAAGGAGUUCCAAAUAUUAUAGUACAUGUAGGUAUAGUAGGAGAGAACUGUUGGAGAAGAUAGGCAUGUCUCAAUGUGGGUACCGAACCACUAAAUAUAUAUAUGUCGAUACUGAGGUGUUAGGCUCGUCUUUUUGCCAGAAAUCCGAAGAGAGAGCUAUUUGGUUAGGGUUUGUUGCAGUCUGCGACAAUGCAAAGGAGAUUAAGAGGCUUGGACGACGAGACAUUGUGGUUGCAUGGAGAGGAACCCAGACAACUCAAGAAUGGAUACAAGAUCUGAAGGAUGUUCGGGUGCCCGCUAGAUUAUCUUACGAGUGUCAAAGAACGACCAAAGAUCGUCAUUCAUCACUUCCAUCUGCAAAUGAUGGAGUUCGAAUUGAGAAAGGAUUCCUAAACUUUUAUACUUCGACAAUGCAUGAGGAGGAAGAUUGUGGUGGAAAGCGCGUGACCAUGAGCGCAAGAGAUCUAGUGAUUGCAGAGAUAAAGAGAUUGCUCCAAGUCUACAAGAAUGAAAUGGAGAAUUUGAGCAUAACGUUUACUGGGCAUAGUUUAGGAGCUGCCCUGGCAACGUUGAGUGCUUAUGAUACAAAAGGACUCCUUAGAGCUAACCAUUUUAUUGAUAUUCAUGUAAAAGUGUUUUCCUUUGCCUCUCCAAGAGUAGGAAAUCUUGCAUUUGCUAGAAAGGUGGAGGAGAUUGGGCUCAAAGUAUUGAGGUUUGUAAACAAGUGGGACGUGGUUCCAGAAGUGCCCGGAGUUUUCAUGAACGAGAGGAUGGGAUGA